UGCCUCUUGCUGUAGGAGGUGGGCGGAGGUGACAGGGACUGGACAAGUGGACUGCAGACGGGCACGGAGUUGCAGUCGGAAUAUUGUCAUUAUGGUGUACAAGGGCAGGCAGGCCUCUGGUGUGUGUGCCUUUGCGGUGAUGGCGAUCUUGGCGGCGGUGAUGGCCGAGAAGAUGCUGGCGGCGGACGGCAAGGUGCUGAGCGGACUUGGAAGCCCGAUGGGGUUGUGUGCCGAGGCACCGGCACUGGGACCUGGGGAGGAUGCACGGUGCUCGCGCAUCACGGGGAGCACUGUGUAUUACGAGAGUGCGGUGGCUCUGUCGUCGGUGUUUGCGGUCGGCGACUUUAGCGGCGAUGGGAACGACGACGCUGUGCUAGUCCUCAACACCCGAGUGCUGCGGUCGUACCUCAACAACGACGGCAACUUUAAUAGCGUUGUGCGAUCGACUGUUGACGGCUCGCUACCCGGCGAUGGGCUAGACGUGGCACUGGUACGGAUUGAUGCCGACAGUGACCGUGACAUUCUGCUGCUCACGGAUGCACCGUCGCUCGCGUGGUACUCAAACACCGACGGGGCGGGCACGUUCUCGUCGGCCAACGUGAUUGGGCUUGGUGCAACCAGUGGCUGGCUCCGGAUUGUGGCGGUGGACGUGGACAAUGACGGCGAUACUGACGUGGUUGGCAUCUCGAACAACGAGCUGAGGGUGGUUAUCAACUCGGACGGGGCGGGUUCGUUUGCUGCGCCGGUGCAGUACACGCUGACGGGUGCGGCGCUCCUAUCGGUUGCAGCGGGUGAUGUCAACGGUGACGGAUAUGCCGACGCUGUGCUCUCAGACGGCAACGCAGGCCUUUACUGGCUCGUCAACGAUGGCAGCGGGGGCUUUAGUGCGGGCGCGCGCCAAGUGUUUGAGAGCCAGGUGACAGCUGCUGGAGCUGCGGUGGUUGUUGGCGACUUGCGCGGCAUAGGAUUACUCGAUGUUGUGGUGCGAACAACUGAUGCGCGAGUGGUUGUCUAUUACGGGCUCGGGGGUGGAUCGUUUGCGCCGCAGCUUACCAUCUUGCAAGGUGUGUCGUCGACGAGCCGUGACUCGAUUGCGAUUGCGUCGCUGAAAGACUUCAAGUACUCUGCUGUGCUGAUGCAUAAGGAUGCAGCCGGCAUCAUCGCAGUUCGGGUAUACAACGACGCUGGCGACAUGUCGGGUCCAUAUCUGAUGGCGCGUGAUGUAUCGUGGUCGCUGUCGGCGAUUGCGGUUGGUGACCGCAACUCCGACGGUAUUGCGGAUGUAUUUGCGUUUGACACUACAGGCUCACGGAUGGUUACAACGGUGUCUGAGACCAAAGCGGCAGUGGAGCCCGAGGCCGCACAACGAAUAGUCGGGGUUCUUGAAGCGGCAUCGCUGGUGAUGAAAGCGUUCGACCUUGACUAUGACGGGCACGAGGAGGUGUUUCUGCUCGCGGAGCCGGGCUUUUCCAUUGUGCGGACGCAAACAACGUUCUCGUCGACCUACUUUUCGCUUUAUUUGUUUAACGAAGAGAACAUUGUCGGCACCGAUGUAGCUUUUGGCGACGUCAACGUUGACAGCAUGCCAGACUGGGUCAUUGCGGUCCCGGGUGAGAACACGCUUGUGGUGUACUUGUUGGAAGCGACGACUCCGGCUGUUGCGUUCUCACGGCGACCUGUGACAUGCACGAUGCCAGCAGUCACGUUUGUGGUUCUGGCAGACAUGGAUGCCGACGGCAUGCUGGACUAUGUGGUAGCCAGCAGCUCUGGGACUGUGGCGUGGAUGAAGGUCGACGGCGCAACCGGUGACUGUGUGCCUGAUAGUACGACGGUGAUGGGGAACCUUGGUGCAACGGUUGCGUCGCUAGCAGUCUCAGACCUCAACGGUGACGGGCUGCCGGACGUGGCGGUUGGUCUCGAAGAGAGCGUGGGAGUGCUGUUGGGGAUGGCACAAGGCGGGACGGCGUUUGACGUCUCGACAUACGUGGUGAGCGGCGGCGCGAGCUUUGUCCGGAUCCAGACAGGCGACAUGGACCUCGACGGUGCUGUCGACAUUGUCUGGAUUUCGUCCAACUUGCUCCUGUCAUCACUCGUCAACAGUGGCGACGGUACGUUUACGCUGCGGGGCUCUCCCAUUCUGGCGUUUAACAACGUGCAGCACAACUUUGCGCUCCACGACUACAACCUGGACGGUACGUUGGACAUUCUUGUUUCCCGUGGCAUCGGCAACGUUGCUUUGCAGCUGUUCACCAAUGAUGGAGUGCCUGGCACGUUUGCGCACUCGCCGAACAUCUUGUGUACGUACAACCUGCCGGUCUACGAUGCCAUUCCGGUGAGCAGUGGUUACACGGCGACAGACGUGCUGGUGUGGACCGGUGUCAACGUCAAGGUUGGGCGUCUGUCCACAACGUCACCACUGGCGUUGCGGGCGCCGCGGACACAUACCGAAGCUGCCGGUGAUGGAUACUUUCUACGGACCGACGCCAAGUCGCCGUGUUUCAAGUUUGCGGUUGCUGGUGGACGAAACAUGGCAUGUGUGGCGCAGCGGAUGGCCCGUGCAGGGCGAUGUGUGCGCGACCGGGUAGUGCUUGAGGCCGGGCGGUACGUGUACUGCCCGACGAUUUCGCACAUCAAGACUUCGUUUGCAGUAGAACUUGCGGCGGCGGAGCCCGGCAGUGUCGUUCUCGAUUGCGAGGGAAGGGGCGUGCUGUUUGCUUCGAUCCGCGAGGAUCAACGUCGCGAGAUUCCUGGUAUCGGCAUUGGUGGCCUGGUCCUGACCAACUUGACCAUCCGUGGCAUGGCGAUCUCGUCGACCAUCUCCAAGUCUGCGCCAGGCUUGCGGGUCGUCGGAAGCGAGGCCUCGUUGCAGCUGCAUGGCACCGUGAUCGAAGGAUGCGACACGACGCCGUCGAUUUCCGGGCUUGUGGUGUACGACGGAGGCGGCGGGUGCGUGCUCGGUCUCAACGGCGGGCGAGUGCUGAUGGACAACUCUACUAUUUCUGGCUCGACGGCCGGCGACGGGUCGGGUGGUGGCGGGUUGGCCUUGGUUGGCCUCGAUUCGGCUGGCUGCAUCCGCGACGGCAGCGUGAUCAGCGGUAACUUGGCUCGAAGUGGGCCUGGAGGCGGCGCGACUGUCCGAUCGGGCGCAACUCUGCGGGUGGAGCGCGGAGCGGUGAUUUCGGGAAAUGUCGCGGAGACUCGCGGCGGCGGGCUGUUUGUGGACAACGACGCCGAGGUUGUCGUGGACGGCAGCUUAGAAGGUGUGCGAAUCGAAGGCAAUUCGGCACAGAGCGGCGGCGGUGGGCUGUGUGUUGUGAGUGCAUCGCGGGCCAACGUGAGCCAUGUUGUACUGGCCGGCAACGUGGCAUCGUUUGGCUCUGGCGGCGGGUUGCAGGCGACGACCGGAGCCAUUGUGGUGGUCGAUGCGAGCAGCGUGUCAGGCAACACUGCAGAGCGGAGUGGUGGUGGGCUGUUGGCGGAAGCGCCUGCGAGCGUGACGCUUACGGGCGAGAGCAGCGUGAGCAGCAAUCAUGCCGGGACGUUUGGCGGCGGGCUUGUGGCGAUGGAGGGAGGGCUGGAAGCGCUGCUGGCGGAAACGCGGACAGUGCUGAGCCUGCCAGAGGCGAGCACGGCACCGGAUGAAUCCUGUUCGCCUGUGGUUGUACUUGACGGAGCACGAAGUUAUGACAACGUUGCAAGGCGCGGCGGCGGGAACAUGCUGUUGUGCGGCGGAUGUGUGGCGGUAUCGGGGUCCAAGGCAGAGGUACGCGGUCAGAUCCUGACAUGCCUGCCUGUGGGUGGGCCUGACGGCAUUGCGGCUGGCGGCGCGUUUGUGCCGGACAGGACGGACGCGAACUCCCUGCCGUGGCUGGCGUUUGAUGCGGCGAGCUGGGCCAACUCGCGCGAGGGCUCGACGUUUACCUCGCCGCCAACACGACUUGUGUGGGAGGUCGAACCUGAGGCGAGCAUAGCCGCUGGCAUCCGGAUGGCGGGCAGUGUGAGCGCGAGCGACUGGUUCGGCGGCGAUGCUGGGCGGUCCGACUAUGAGGUGGAGGCAAGCCUGGGGCCAGGGACGCCAGCUGGAGUUGUGCUUGUGGGAACGAACGUGAUGCGCAUGACAGCUGGUGCGCCGACCAGCAUCCCCGCCGUUUCUGUGACGGUCGACGACUCGGGUGUACUGCCGCUGGACGGAGUGAGCGUUGUGGUGUCUGUUCGCGAGACUAGCGCGGCGGCGGUGAGGGUGGUGGCUGCGGUGCGGAUCGAGAGUUGCGGGCCCGGGUUUGGCGGUGGAGCGGUGGGCGGCGGCGGGUUCGGCUGCUUUGCAUGCAGCGGCGACACGUUCAGCCUCGUGUCUGGUGUGGCACCUUGCGAGGCGUGCCCGGCCAACUCUGCUGUGGGCGGGAGCGGGAGCAUGAACGGGACGAACUCCCGAUGCAGCUGUUUCCCUGGCUUCUACCACUUGGAGCCUGGCACGGCAUGCGCGGCGUGCCCGGAAGGCGGGGUGUGUGGUGGCGGGUCUGAGCUCCCUGUGGCUGCGCCAGGCUUUGCACCUGGCGGACGGGUGGACUUGUUUGUGGCAUGCCCGACGGCUGAAGCUUGCGCCGGUGGUGGGGCAUGUGCGACCGGAUACGCAGCGCAGCUGUGUGCCGAGUGUGCGGACGGGUACUAUGCCCUCAGCGGAAAGUGCUUCAAGUGCAACACCGGGCGAAAUGCGGCGGCAGUUCUGCUGCUUGUGUUGGGCUGCUUGGCGGUGAUAUGCGUCCUGCUCGGAUUCAACCUCGCAGAGAGCAUGAGCUACAAGUUUGCGUCUUUGAUGAUUGGGCUCAACGGACUGCAGAUUGUGGCGCUGUACGGGCGGCUGGACUUUAAGUGGGGCGCGUUUGCGGCGGCGUACUUUGACAUUGCAUCUGCAGUCAAUGUCAAUCUCGAGCUGACGAGUCCCGAGUGCGCGGCAGCGGACGGGACGGACGUGUGGGUGCUCAAGUUUGUGCUCACGCUUGUGAUGCCUGUGUUUGCGGCGGCUGGAUUGGGGCUGGCAAGCGGACUGUUUGCGGUGGCACGUGCUGUGCAUGCCCCGUGGGUCCGAAACAAGAGCAUCGGCGAGUUGGUGGGCGCUGCGAAGCGGUGCAUGUGGCAGAUCAUGGUGCUGCUAUACAUGGCGCUGGUGUCUGGCAGCUUUUCACUGUUUGGAUGUCGAAAGGACGCGACUGGGCGGUGGGUGCUUGACGACGCACCGUCGCGGAGCUGCUACACGGCAACGUGGUGGGGACUCUUCCCGCUUGGGCUCUGUGGAGUACUGGGCUAUGGUCUCGGGCUGCCGGGCUGCGUGGUGUGGGUGCUCAAGCAGCAGCGAGACGCACUCGACGAGGUGAGCUUUGUGCUCCGGUACGGGUUUCUUGUGGGGCGAUUUUCGGCUUCGGCGUGGUGGUUUGAGGCACUGGUGAUGGCGCGAAAGGCAAGUCUGGUGAUGAGUAUGACGCUGUUCUGGGGCGAUAUGACCAAGGCGUAUGUGAGCGUCGCUGUUCUGGCGUGCUUCUGUGUCGACCUGCAUGUUCGCAAGCCGUAUGUGAACAAGCACCACAACAUGGUGGCGACAGUUGUUCUUGUGGCGGCGAUGGGCGUGCUGCAUGCCGGUACCUUUACCAACACAACACUGCGGUCGAUAGGAGUGGUGGGCGGCAUUGUGGUGAUGGUGGGCGGGAUGCUGGCUGCGGCAGGAGUCGACGUGCUGCUUGCGCGCAGGCGCGAGAAGGAGGCAGCAGCCGAGUUUGGCGACGGCGGCUCGUCGCUGGCGUUUGACGUGGAACGAGCACAAGCGCGAUCGUCGGUUAUUGUGGAGGCGCCUGGCGGUAGUGACAGCUGUGGGUCGACUGCAGUGAUUGGUUCACUGGGUGGACUUGGCUCGGCAGCGGGCAGCGCGCCGGUCAACCCGGUGCUCGACUCGGUGCAGGGCAGCGAAGGCGGCGAGUUUUCGACUGCGGCGAUGUCGAGCGUGGGAACGGUGGACGGAACCGGGACGGUGUGAGAAGCGUGCGUAAAGUAUGGGUUUGGUG